AUAAAGCAAGAGGCAGAGAAAGAGAGAAGAGAGGAAGAGGAGUGGACAGCGCUUGGUGCUGAAAGAAGGAAAGAAAGGAGGAAGGGACCCUGACAGCUGUCCAUCAUGGCCGGGAAGAAGGCCCCCCAGCAGCAGCCGCCUUACCUGCACCUGGCCGAGGUCACCGCCUCCCAAUUCCUGGACAUUUGGAAGCACUUUGACGCCGAUGGAAAUGGCUACAUUGAAGACAAGGAGCUGGAGAACUUCUUCAGAGAACUGGAGAAUGCCAGGAAGGGGGCUGGCAUGGAGUCCAAAAAUACCAACUUUGCGGAGAAGAUGCAGGAGUUCAUGCGGAAGUACGACAAAAAUGCAGACGGGAGGAUUGAGAUGUCGGAGUUGGCACAGAUCCUGCCCACGGAGGAGAACUUCCUCCUGUGUUUCCGGCAGCACGUGGGCUCCAGCGCUGAAUUCAUGGAGGCUUGGAGGAAAUAUGACACGGAUCGCAGCGGAUAUAUCGAAGCCGAUGAGCUCCAGGGAUUCCUCUCAGACUUGCUAGAGAAGGCCAACAGACCCUACGACGAACCAAAGCUGAAAGAAUACACACAGACCAUCCUGCGGAUGUUCGACUUGAAUGGAGACGGGAAGCUCUGCCUGUCGGAAAUGUCACGGUUGUUACCUGUGCAAGAGAACUUCCUCCUGAAGUUUCAGGGAAUGAAACUGGAUUCGGAGGAAUUCAACGCCAUCUUUGCAUUCUAUGACAAGGAUGGGAACGGCUUCAUUGAUGAGAACGAGCUGGAUGCCCUGCUGAAGGAUCUGUACGAGAAAAACAAGAAGGACAUGAGCAUCCAUCAGCUCACCAACUACCGCAAGAGCAUCAUGAACCUCUCGGACGGAGGGAAGCUGUACCGCCGGGAGCUGGAGAUUGUGCUUUGCAGUGAGCCCCCGCUGUAAAAGGGAGACCCCCGCCCCCUUCAGUAGCCCCCCUGGCCUUGCCCUGCCCUGCCUUUGCCCCAUUGCAAGAGGACAUUGACGUGGUCCCAAGGAGAAGAGAGCCGUCCCCGGAUGACCCAUUGGCCCGGUCAUGUUGCUCAUACAGCCACGGAGUCUCCAUCAGGAGAGGGAAACGGGGGUCUCCCCAUGGAUCGAGGGGGGUUCGGGAGGUGACCCCGAGGUGCCCCACUGCCCUGCUUGUCCCUCUCUGUAGCUGCCGUAGUCUGUGUCCCCAAAAGCCCCCCUCGGGAACGGAGCCCUCCGCUUGUCUGCACCCUCCGUUCUGCAUCUUUCGCCGCCGUCUCAUCUGCAAGUCUUCUUGCUGACCAAAGAAGCAUUUAUGAAUAAAACUCAUUUCCCACGA